UUUUUUUUUUAUUUUCUCUUCAUAUAUUCAUCAUCAUACAACAUGGAAAAGUUUAAGGAAAAAUUGGCCUCACUUCGCUCUGAAAUUGAUACUGCCAACAACCGCGCUCAAGAACUUGAAGAAAAGGCCACUGCCUUGGAAACUCAACAUGCUAACAAGGAUGAUGAAUUCACCUCUUUACAAGAACGUGCCAAGCUUUUGGAAGAACAACUUGAACAAGCUGAAGCUGAUUUGAAGGAAGCCAGUGCAAAUUUCCGUGAAGCUGAUUUGCGUGCUGAACAACUUGGCAAGAAGGCCAUCAAGUUGGAUCAAGAACUCAAGACCUUGGAAAAGAAGAAUGAUGAAUUGGAAGAAAAGUAUAGAGCUGCCAAGGCUGAAAUGGACGAAUUGGAAUCUCAACUUGAAGGUGUUUAGAUGGUUUAUAGGUAGACUUGUAUCGUUUAAGUUUUUUUAUCCACUUUAUACACCACACAAACAAACACAUAUAUACAUAUCUACUUGAUGAUUCUCCCCUCUUUUCUUUUUCUCCUAUCAUUUUGCCCUCUUUUUUUAUUUUAUUUUAUUUUAUUUUAUCCAUAUUUAUCUUUUGAUGGGAAUAAUAAAACAAACAAAACAAUAUAAAUAUGA